AUGGGGUGGGAUCAUGAGCUAAAGGAGUUUGACAGCUGCUACAGCAACGUCAGACGACAACUCGAUGAAUUGCUCGCAGAUGUUGUGGACGGAUGGAAGGGGGACCCCGAUCCGAAGGAGACCCGCCGGGAGGAACUAGCCAAAACAAUUUGCAACCUUCUUGAACAAGAAGCAGAGAAGGAGAAGAAGUUAUCCGAGGCCGGAAUGAGACGCUUCGUGGGCGAAUUACGAAACACAUUCCAAAGCAUGAUUACCACGCAGAGGGACAGUCGCUCCAGCGACAACAUCUCAUACGACAGCGUGAUCAGGUGCAUCAGAACGAAGAAACCGGCCAAGGAGAAGAGGGAGGGAACUUGA